AUUUCCCAUAAUUUAUCAUACCACAUUCGUACAAUAAUCGAACAUGGAACAAUAUUACUAGGAGUUCAGAAACCUCACCCAUCCCCCAUCGAUGGAAAGACUCAUGACAAACCAAUUUUUGGCUAGUCAGCUACCCUUAAAAAAAAGUGCAAUGCUAGCAGGCAGCAAAACCUUCAAGUGCCAUAAAAAUAAUUCAAAAUAAAUUGCUUUACAUAAAAAUUUGGUUUCUAGCUGAAGAGAAAAAAACAGCACAACAAUUUUAUAAGGUGUAUAAUUUGGCCAUAAUAAUGCGCAUCAUGCCAACAGCCUCCUUCGAGGGGUUGGUUAUUAAUUCCUGGCCGACGCGUCGCCGCGAACGAGACAUAAAUAACGCGUUUUAUGCGUGAAUAUACUUUGCAUUUUUCGCAGGCACAGCCGGAGUCCUGGUAAAGCCGUAAAAAUUACACCAGCAAGUCGAGAAGCUAUGGCUUUGACUUUCGGCCGGGCCACAAGCCAGUCAUGUCAGCUGGCCUAAUCCGCAGGUAGAUAUCCUUCUUGAUUGGCCACAAUGAAAGAUGCCUAGUCAAUAUUUUUGAUGUGCCCUAGAGAGAUGUCUGGAGGGCUGGAGGAUAAACGCUGACUUGUAAUGUCGUGUAAUUAGGGUCAUAAUCGGCUUGCCACUCGGGGCCUUAUCUCCUUGCCGAAAAACGACUUUGUUAUGCAAAUGCCAGAAAGGACCAAAAAACCAGAGGAUAAAGCUUUUGGUUUCAGAUUUCGGGCACUUUGGGAAUAACUUUAUUGGUGGAAGCCACAAAGCUUAGGCGCUUCAGUCCAAGUCUAUAUUAGUAACUUAAAAUAUUAUGCAUAGAGUUUAAAGUUUAGAAUAUAAUAGUCUUUAAAAAUGCGCUACCUUUACUCUUAAAAACGCUAUCCUGCCUUGCACCCUUUGCAACACUGCGGGAAUAACAAAAGGUCCUGUCUCCUGACAACCGUAUCCUGGCAGCCAAAAGCCGGGACUAAUAAACGUUAUUUAUCUUUUUGCCGCAUUACUAUCUGCAUCUUACGAAGCUGAGAAACUAUAUUCAAAUGGAUUUCACGUACUGUGAGUUCCCCAGCACCGUCUCCAUCGACACCUUCAAGGCCUAUUUCAAUCUCACCGAUGUCAAGUUGCCCAAAGUCGGCGGUAAAUCAUUAGACAACAGCCAGAUCCCCAACGAAGUCCAGGAGGGCCAGACAAAUCAAGUGAAAAGUCUGAGACAUCUUGUGCUGGAUUCCAUUGUCGAGAACUGGAGUGAGUUGCCGUGGUACAAGCAUCUGGGAAGGCGCGAGGACCGGAACUACUUGCUCAGCCACCUGGACACCCAACUGCCCCUGCAGCUGCUCAGCACCCACAUCCGGGAGGACUUCUUCUGGCAGCGAUGCUAUGAACAGCGCUGGAAGAGUGCGCCACUGCAGGCGCGGGGCGUGGAGCGGCCCUGGAUCAACAUCUACAUGGAGCGACAUGUGCAGGAGUUUAUUGAGAACAUGCCGACGGGCGACUACGAGCAGGAGCAGGGCGGUAACGUGCAGGCCACCCUGGACAUCUGUGCGGCGUACAUAAAUCAGUUGGAUAUAAGUUUCCUUCAGCCCGCCCCGCCCACAACCGAUGCAAAUGAUCACAUUCCGCUUGAUUACCUUCUCAGCAAUCUGCCGGAUUUACGCCAACUGCGACUGAGUUACUGUACCAAGACGGCCGGCUGUAAUUACCAAAUGGGCUGCAACCAACUGACUGCCAGGGACAUUUUGCUCCUGUCCAAAGGACUCAGCCAGUGUCACGAGUUGCGCCGGUUCUGUAUGCACAACACCAAACUGAUGCCGUAUCAGUUGCGAUUCCUGGCACACAGCCUGGACAAGGGAUGCCACCACCUGACGGAGAUGUCCUUGCUUCAUUGUGCAGUGGGGGAUGCCGGAAUUCGCAGUUUUCUGGAGACCUGUGGCCGGGAAUCCUUCAGCACUCUUACUGUGUUGGAUUUGACUAACAAUAAGAUAACCGAAGAAGGUGCCUAUAUACUUAGUCGCACUUUGAGGCAUGUGCCCCUGCUGCGGCUCGUCCUUCGUCUAAAUCCAAUCCAAAGUGACGGAGCUGCCGCUAUCUUUCACACUCUCCAGGUAAUGCCCAUCAAGGAGCUGGAUCUGGGAACCUGUGGCAUCUCAGAAACCAUCACAAAGCUUUUCAUGAUGUUGAUUUGUCAGCACAACACAUUGCUUUAUAUAGAUAUAUCCAAUAAUUCUUUGGGAAAGGACUUUGGUAAGCACCUUAUGAAGAUCAUUACCUGCAAUAAAGUUCUCGAGAAAUUGGAUUUACGAAAUACUGGACUAUCAUUGGAAAUGCGGAGAAAAUUCCAGGAGCUUCUUAUCAAAAAUGUGGAACGCAAAAAGCAUGAGGCUUUAAAACAGAAACAACGUGAUAAAUUCAAGGCCAUGAUGCAGCUAUAAAUAAGUGUUUAUUUACAUAUAUGUAUAAAUAGAUAAACCCUUGAAAACAUACCUCCAUAUAUAAGGAAACUAUUUUUAAAGUUCUGACUACAUAAGCUAUAUAGUUAAGAAAAAUAAAACAAAUAAAGCAUGUGUAGUGCUGCUUGUG